GUCGCACUGAAGGGCGUUAUCUGACCUUGAAACAAUUGUUGUAAGCAUAAAGAUAAAGAUAAAUUGUCUAGCCUUUGACAAAAAACCUGCUUGACUUCGAUUACCACAGAACAUUGUUUGUUUCAACGAUGGACAGUAAUUUCCAAGUAUAUAUGUUUGUCAAAGAAACUGGCUUAAAUUAAAGGAUUGUUUACAUUCGAAUUUAUAAAACCUUUCCGACACAUGGGUUUGUGAAGGUUUAAUCUUGUCAGCGCCUUCGAUUAGCUUGUUUAGCAAACAGUGUUAUUCAACUAGCUACAGUUUGUAUAUUUUGAUAUUAAUACCAUGUCUAUAUGAAUAUGUAUGCUUGACCACAUGUUACAGAAUACGUACAUAUCCCUCAUUCUAGCUUAAACGUUAGUCGCUUAAAAACUGUUUGAUGAGUCAUUUGUUCUCCCGAUAUACAUAGGUGCGUUAAUCUUAUUAACUGACUCUCUUCAUUCGAUUUUUUGUUCGACUAAUAAUUCGCCUCUUUAUUUGCUCGCAUUAGCAUUUCUGCUGGGAUUCGCUUGGUGUGUUUGUGGCUGAGUGAUCUGUGCUAUUCAAUAAUAAACUAGCUGGUGCAUCGUGCUGCAUUCUGAGAUUCAUACACCGUUGGGAUUUAUUUAAUAACAGUUAUCGAGACGAUUGGUUUACCAAGCGUAAGAAAUUGUCUAGGAGAUAAUCCACUACAAAUCAGCCUGAUAUUGAAAACGUCUAUUCCAAUGUCAGACACUCCUGGUGUUAUUCCUAACAUGCCUAUUGGUUCGCAUCAGUCAUCUACUAGUGCAAAGUCUAAUACAACUAAACGAAAAGAGAUAUAUAGAUACAAUGCUCCUUGGUGUAUUUUCAGCAUGAACUGGUCUGUCAGACCGGAUAAACGCUUUCGUUUAGCUGUGGGUAGUUUCAUUGAGGAGUACAAUAAUAAAGUCCAAGUAAUAUAUCUAGACGAUGAACAAGGAGAGUUCGUUGUACAAAGUACGUUCGCACAUCACUACCCAACGUCAAAAAUCAUGUGGAUCCCUGACACAAAGUGUAUUUUCCCUGAUUUACUUGCCACAAGUGGUGAUUACCUUCGUGUUUGGAGAAUAAAUGAAGAUUCUGAAGUUAAAAAUGAAUGCUUAUUGAAUAAUAAUAAAAAUUCGGAUUAUUGCGCCCCACUUACUUCCUUUGAUUGGAAUGAAGUAGACCCGAAUAUCAUUGGAACUUCUAGCAUCGAUACUACAUGCACUAUCUGGGCCCUUGAAACGGAGCAGGUGAUCGGCCAUACAAAUGUCGUAAGUGGACGUGUAGAAUCUCAGUUGAUAGCCCAUGACAAAGAAGUAUAUGACAUAGCUUUCAGUCGUGCUGGAGGCGGAAGAGAUGUUUUCGCUAGUGUUGGUGCAGAUGGUUCUGUACGUAUGUUUGAUCUUCGGCAUUUGGAGCAUUCUAAUAUCGUGUAUGAAGAUUCAAAUCAUUCCCCACUUUUACGCUUAGCUUGGAAUAAGCAAGAUGCAAACUAUCUAGCGACAUUUGCAAUGGACUCCGUAGAAAUAAUUAUUUUGGAUUUACGUGUACCAUGCACUCCAGUAGCUCGUUUAAACAAUCACAGAGCAUUUGUAAAUGGAUUAGCAUGGGCACCACAUUCAAGUUGUCAUUUAUGUACAGCAUCUGAAGAUUGUCAAGCUCUUAUCUGGGAUAUUCAGUCUAUGCCAAGAGCAAUAGAAGAUCCUAUUCUAGCAUAUACAGCUGCCGGUGAAAUUAAUCAAAUUCAAUGGUCAUCAACACAACCAGAUUGGAUAGCCAUUUGUUAUAAUAAUUCGUUAGAAAUUUUACGAGUAUAAUAUUUACUGUUUAUUUCUUAUUUUAUCAACUGUUUUAAAGUUGUACUAUAAUUAAGAUCAAAUAUUAUUUCUUCCUUUAUGCUUACUAACUAUUGUACGUUAUUUUCAUGCGUUUAAUUAUUAUUAUUUUCCAAAUAUUCUGGAUAAUUUAACUGUGUACUAUUAUCGAGAUACAUGUAUUGGUUGAAAUCAAAGUUUCGACUACAUAUGAAUCAAUUUCAAAUGUUGUUUUGUACAUUCACUUGAAAACAUUUGUGUUUGUUUAAUCAAUUUAUAAAAUUCCUUAAGAAUUACCAUUAUAAAACAGGAAGUUCUUCAAUAAUAGUUGUAUUCAGCAAGAUCUGUGAGACAGAAACAAAUCGACAUUUACUCGAUUUUGGGAAAAUGACAGACAAAAUAUAGUCGAUUGUGUUGUACGAAAGCAACAAAUAAUGGCGACGUCGUGCAGAAUGUUGAUGAGACAUUUACGACUAAGUAUCAAGAUCCAAAAAAGUCAAACAAAAUUGUCAAGACAUUGAGCAAAUAUUCUUCUACUAUAUCGAAACCAUGAAUUACAAGUCUUAAAGCAACUACAAUACUUUUAGACUACUGAAUCGAAAUCCAAUUUCACUUUAAAUUCAAUAUAUUGGUAUUAUCAUCUGGUGUCAGCGGUGUGGAUAACUAUGUAGUGAACGAGAACUCAACUGGGGAAAACCAGUUUAUUCCUUAAUGCAAAAUUACAGAAAUGUGAAAACCAUACAUUAAAUGCAUGAUUUUCACACCUUAUUUCAGUUAUCCUGUAUGUGUUUUAUGAUUCUUUCAAUUCUGUUGUUAGUACAAUUGCUCGGUAUUUCUCUUCCUAUUCUCUUCAAUUUAAUUUUUUGCUAGCAGGCAUUCCACUUCCGAGCAUGCACCGCAAUUAAAGCAUUACCAAAUAUUAGUUUUGAAUCUAUCAAAGAGUCUAAUUAUAUGGCUGAG